AGCGCGGCUGUGUGGUGAAGUGUGUUCCCCACGAUGAAAGGGGCCUUUUGUCUUAAUAGGCAUCAUCAUCGUUUAAAGUGUGAAGCCACUGGAGUCAGGCGCAAAGGUAACUCCUCUGCAAACCCCAUGUCUUACGAAGAAAUGUCCCAUAAUGCGAAAGAAAUGGCGCAAGCAUUAUACGAAGUCUGCCGCUGACUCGAUGCUUUCGUGAUGGCCACGCCGCUCAGCGCGUUAGCGCGCCGCAACGACUCGAUCUGCAGCUUUGACACCCAGGGCGUGAGUUUCGACUCCAUCAGCACCUGCAGCAGCGACAGCACCAGCAGCGCGGCAACGAGUGGCGCGGGCGCACAGCUCCGCGACAGGGGCGCCACGGGUCGGGAGAUAUAUGGCAAUAUAUCGGCGAGGCACUGCGACCACGUCUUCAUCGGCCCGACGCAUAUAAAGUUCGUCGUCUCGUCCGACACGGCCAGCAGCGCUCUCGCGGCGGGGCAACGAAACGAGCCCAUUCUGUCGGCUGUCCUCAAUGCGCUGGCAAACGCCCCGGACACUUCGGGGCGCUCAGGAAGCGUGGCUCCGAACCAAGAGCCGUCGCCCAAAACGAACGUCCCUUGUUCAGUGCAGAAACAAAUAAAAUGGAAGAAGUACGCUUGGUGGAUAGCUGGUGUGACGACUAUUGGUAUCUGCACGGCCCUCGUCACUUUAGCGAUAUCCCCAUCCGAUUCUCCUGUUACUGGAACUACAACACUCCCCACGACGCAGGUAGCAGGAUCCUCGGAAUCUCCAGUGACUGUGACUGCGAUUUCACCUGGAACGGACGGAUCGGGACAGAAUGCCGAUCCGACUCGCAUUCCCACUCCACCGGGGCCGUGGCCAGGACGUACGUGUAAUGAAACGUAUUCGUGGCAGUGCAAAAGUGGUGAUUGCACCUAUGGGAACAAUAGGUGCGAUGGAGCUCCGGACUGCGAGGACAACAGCGACGAAGCCGAUGAAACUUGCUACGGAGUUCCAACGGUUGUUAUGUCCGUCGGGCACACCGUGUCUUUUCGCCUUCACUAUCAAGCCGUGUACAGCGGGGUGAUGUUCCUUCUCUGCAACGAGGACACUGUCUGCAGCAAAAUCGAGGCGUUUGGGUCCGCGCCUGACGGGGCACUGUACUACAUUGCUUGGGAAAACUGUGACCAGCACGGCCUCAGGUGCCGCAAGCACCACACGGGCUACGCCAUCGAGUCUUCAACCUUCUCAUCGGGUGUCAUCGAAGCGGUAGUGGAGCGGCGCGACACCAAGCUCCAGCUCUGGCUGUCGUGCCACCAGGACAAAGUGGCCUACGUCCGCGCGAGAAACGACACGCGAUGGCUUCGGGUUCGGCCUAUAGCGUGGUACACUGACAUGCGAGUCGACUUCAGUGUGCCAUCGUCGUUGCCGACGGCCACCGCAUCACCUGAAUGUGCCACAUUAACCACCAUCCAAGGCCCAGGCUUCGGCUGCCGACGUGACAACCAGUGGCAGUGCCGAGACGGCAGAUGCAUCGAUGCCAGGUGGAGGUGCGACCUCAACAGAGAUUGCAACGAUGCGAGUGACGAAGACAGUGACACCUGUACUAGUGUGCCUACUUUGAUCAUGAACGUCGGGGACACGGUGCUGGCUCGGAUGAAGCAUAAGGAAAAUUACCACGGCGUGCGCUUCCUCAUGGCUCCAACGACUCCUGCAGCUGCCUGACCGUUUCCGGGGAGGGGUCCAGUGGGCUGUUGGCCCUCGUUGCUAAGGCAGAGUGUAAUUCUAAAGGUGCCGACUGUCUGCAUACUGUUCACGCGGAGUUCUCUCAAAACGAGGAUUUUCCUACCGCCAUAUUGGUCUUCAAACUUCGCAGGACAGAAUCUAUGCUACUUCUUCGCAUACAAGGAUACAAGGCUUCCUACGUCCCAAUCGAUCGGGACUACAAUGUCCUGAGCAUUCGACCAGACUAUUGGCUGAGCGACAUGCCUGUGGAAUUCAAAGCCGGAUAGAGUCGGUCCGCAAUGAUGAUCAAGGCUGAUAUUUGAAAACCAGGUGGUUGACUUUCUUGACGGCCCAAAUUGGAGUGUCGUUCUGGGCCGCUCCCUCGUCACUCCUGCCACUUUUUCGAGAACUAUUUCGGCCGUAAACGGUCCUCUUCCAGCAGACUCAUCCGUUCGCAAGGUUAUGCAUGUACGUAUUCAGGAGGGAAAUAAACGAGAGACCAGACA